AAAGGUAUCCUCGCCUUCGCCUUCCCGUUCAAUGUUGGUGCUUUCGGAUCAAUGGGGACGAACCGGCCUCUCGCGCUCACCCUUCGAGCUCGCCGCCUCCGCCUCCUCCUCCUUCUCCUCGUCUUUCUGUGUUUGUCUCUGUUGCUGGGAUAUGCGGAGGGUGGGAAGAAGAAGGUGAGCAUCCCUGAUGACCUCGACGACGUGGUGGACGACGAGGAGGACGAGGAUUGGAAGCGAUGGGGCCAGAAGAGGACGACCAAGGCCGACCUCCAGCCGCCGCCGGACUUCUCCAGAAUGAGCCCCUCAGAGAUCCAGGCGGAGAUAAUGAAGCGCCACACCGGCCCUUCCCUUGGCUUCGUCAAGCUCCGGCCGGGCGUUCCCCGCUCCUCGGAUGAGGUGCCAGUAAUUGCUAUGAGAUGGAGCAAGGUUCUGAGAACUGGAGCUGUGGAGGUCAAGUUUAUGGCUGUUGACCGCAAUACCAUCAUGUUUACAAUGGAAAGAGGCCAAGAUUUGGAAGAGUUGAAAGAAUUUGUUUUGAGCCAGCCAGAAGCAUAUGAGAUGAAGGUUGGGGAACAGCUAUAUCGAAGAGCUGGUGAUCCUCCACUCGAUGAAGUGGUUGCUAGUUUGCACAAGGAAGCUGAAGCCAAAGACUCAGGUGAGCAUGAUGAGCUGUGAAGUUGUCACCGUGACAAUUAAAAGAAGAGGGGAAAACAAAUCAGUUUAGACGUGCAGUGUAGCAAUUUGAUACCAUUUUUAAAAUGUUUUUGUGCUGUCUUCCUUUCAUUCUGUUAAUUGACUGGCAGCUGUGGGAACCCUGAGAAAUGCUAUGAAAAACAGAUGUCUAUUGCCAUUCAGUUACUACAUGUUUGGGCAGAUA